UUAGGCACAACACACGUAAUGUUACAAAACAUUGGCCCCGCCUUCAUCCUCCUUAUCCUGCUAUUGAGCUGACCGUUUCAUUCAGCCUCAGAACCAUCAGCGACUUCGAUCAAUCACAAUGUGGACUCAAGUGAUUACUUUUAGUGUUGCUCUUACAAUUGCAUUAGGUGAAGAAGUAGUGGGAGGGAUAAAACGGGAAGUCAGUGAAGGAGUACAGAGCAUGGGGUAUAAGCUAAUCUAUGGUGAUGAAGACAUGACUAUCAUUAACCAGGUAGUCACAGAUGCGGAGAAGAGUGAUAUGGUCAAGAAAAACAAAGUUAACUUGAAUGAAGCUAUCAAACCAUUGGCUCCGGAGGAUGUAAAGUGCUUGAUGUCUGUGGAUCGGUAUUGUAGCAAGAAGAUGGGAGCUAUGAAAAGUGUUUUAAUCCAAGCAGUCAAGGAGGACUGUGCGAAAUGUUCAAUAAAACAAAAGGACGAAGCUGGUAAAGUGAUAGCGUCGAUGAUGGCUCAUGACCCAGUAGCCUGGAAGCUCUUCCUCACCAGAUCUGCCCUCCAAAUAAAACCAAGAGAAGAACCUAAAAAACAACCGCAGGUUCGCUUAAAAGUUAUAGGUGAGCCAGAAGAAGUAAUAAGAUCAUCUAGGAAUAGAUACGUCAUGCCCGGCGUUCAAGUUAGAGUCAAAAGAUACGCUAGCGUUCCUGAAAAGUUUCAUUGAUUUAAUUUAAUUAUUAUCAUAAUAAUAUUAAGUAGGUUUAUUAAUAUUGUGUAAGCUGCUUAUGUUAAGGUUCUAAGGUUCUGCCAUA